AUGAAAUGCAUCCUUAUUAGAAAAUUAGGUAUAAGAAAUUGUAGAUUAUUAGCAGAAUGCAAGAGAUAUGAUGAUACAUUUAUUAGAGGUUUUAUAGAAGAUAUACCACAUAAUGAAGCGUGCGAAAAAAAAGAUAUAUAUUAUAAUGACAAGAAAAAACAAACGUACAGAAAUACAUUAAAUUAUGCUAGUGAGAACAAAAAAACUACGAAAAAUAAAUCUUGCAUAUUUGAAACAAAAAAAUAUACUCAUAUAUUUAAAGAACUAGACUAUAUGAAUUUUCUUAAAAAUAACAAAGCAGUGAGUGAUAGGAUUUAUGAAAAAAUAAUAUUUAAAAAGUGCGGACUACAGGUUCUUUUACCUUUCUUGCUGUUUUUGUUUUUCUUGAUAGUAUUCAUAGUAGAAUUAGCACUAGGAUGUUUUAUUGUCUUACUUCGGUUUGAAAAAAACUCAUUUAGAAAAAUUAGUGAAUGAGAGUGAGGGAGAUUAUAUACACUUGUAAGUGUGUUGAAAAAGAUAACUGAUUUUUGGAAGUACUCGGAAAUUUUGGAUUCUUGGCCAACAUGUACGUUGUGCAGUGGUACAACAGUUACUGAUGCGUGCAUAUUAGGUCAAGUGUUCCGUAUUUUAAUAUAUAUGGUACCGUUCGUUAUAUUAGGUAUCACAAUUAUAUGGUGCGUUUUUCAUUAUCAUAAAAACGCUAAGAAAUAUGAAAAAAUUAAGUUCAGAAAAAGUAAAAUAUGUAGUAAAUAA